AACUGUCAGAUCUCCCUCUUUCUAACCAUCUCAUCAAUCCAUCACACCAAUUAAUUAAGUCUCGAACAACACGGUAUAUCUGCAGCCAAAAUGAGGAAAUUCGGCUUCGGAAGAAAGCAUGCAGAUGGCGAUGACGAUGCGAACCGUUCGGCCCUGUUUGGGAAGAAGGCCUCUCCGGCACCCCCGUCCGACAAUCCCUAUGCUCAAUCCCAACCUGCGAAUGAUCCUUAUAUGACCGAUAAUAAUAAAUAUGCCCAUAUGACAAACUAUCAAAAAGCUCGCGCGCAACUCCCCGAUCCCCCAGCUAAUGGUUUACCCAGCAAGCCAUCUCCUCAGAACGGGUACGGUGUCCCACCAGCCCGUACUAAUAGCGGUUACUCUUCAACGACUGCAGCACCUCCAUAUUCCGCUGGCGGUUAUGCCAAUGAUAGAUAUGGUGCACCCUCUGGCUAUGGUAGUGGUAAAUACAGCAACUCGAACGGUUACGCUGGUGCGCAGACCUCGGGUGCCGCACGCACUGGUGGUUAUGGUGGGCUAGGUCGAACCGACAGUAAUGAUACGGAUGCCAACAGAGAUGCGCUGUUCUCCGGGGCUCGUGAGCGUGUUGAUCAGCAACAGACUGGUCAGCAAAAUGGAACAUAUGGAUCAUCUGGCGCUGACUCUGGAAGCAAAUAUGGUGGAUAUGGAGAGCAGCGCGAACUUACAGCAGAAGAACAAGAAGAAAUGGAAGUCGACGAUAUUAAACGGCAGAUCAAAGAUGAAAAGCUGGCUACAGCUCGAACAGCUGAGAAUGGUGCGCGUAUUGCCGAGCAAGCAGUAGGUGUUGCACUGCAGACAGUGGCCCGUCUUGGUGCGCAAAGCGAUAGCCUCAACUACACCGAGAGCCUGGUUGACAGGGGAAGCAUGGCAAGCAGAGAAGCUGAGCAGUCAACCAAGAAGCUCAAGAGCUUGAAUCGGAGCAUGUUUGCCGUUCAUGUGUCGAACCCUUUCACGACCUCGAAGCGGACAGCAGAGAUGGAGCAAAAAGUCUUGGAGCAGCAUCGUGCAGACCGAGAAUUGCGCGAGGCCACACGUAAAGACGGCUACGUGGGAAAUCAGCGCAUGGAAGCCGCUUUUAGACAGAUAGAAUCCACCCCAGUGACCAAUGGUUAUCAGAAACCAAGUGCUGCUGAGAAGUCUAAAUACGCGUUCGAAGAUGAGGACGAUGAAGAAACCAACGAAGCCGAAGAUACCACCAAUAAUGCAAUAGAGAGCAUGACUCGAAAUGCCGCUAUACUAAAUAAGGCUGCGCACGUUAUAGGCAAUGAAGUUGACAUCCAGAACAAGAUGAUCGAUAGGAUCGGUUCUAAGAGCGACCAGCUGAGCGACCAAACGGUGGUGCAUACCCGCAGACUUCAAACCAUUAGAUAAUUUUGAUCGGACGCAUGUGCCACUCCUAAUAGUAAACAUGGUUAUGUUGGAUAUUCUAGAUAAGUUGUAUUUACAACAUUCCAACAGUAUAUGAUGAGGACAAGUAUAGGUAUUUGUAUAGCUCCUCGCCUAGGGAAAUGCACGCAUUCGAAGUUGUGGUAUUGGUCGGGUACUACAGAAGCAUAAUACAUCAUGGCAGAUGGACGUCUAUUCACUGUGAAAGCUACUAUUAGGGUUCUCCCCUAAAUUUAUGAUGCUUGUUCAUGUAGUUUUUGUGUAGUCCUUAAUUUGAGUAGGAUAUCAACGCUUCAGAAGUUUCUCUUAGAAUAUUCCUAAUGGUGUGAGCAUGUAUGAUUUGUAUGAUGCGCUACUUAACACAGUGUACUUUUCCGUAUCGAACUAUAGUUUACUGUACGGUC